GCGUAUUUACGCUGAUGUGUCAUUAGAUACGACAUGGAAAUGUGCUCUGGUUUUCGGGGGUUGCGGGUGCUUUAACCGUUGGUAUGCCGAGCACAAAUGCAUGCAUAUGAAAAAUAGUACAUGAACUGUUUAAACAAGGCAUAGAAAUGGAUGUCCACAGGUUUUUCCAGGAUUUCAAUCCAUGCAAGUUCGUCGUGCACUGCUGCCUGCUGACGUUCACGGCGCUGCUGACGCUGCGCCUGGACGGCGAGCUGACGUGGAACUAUUGGGCCGUGUUCAGUCCCAUCUGGGUCUGGAAGGGCCUGGUGGUGCUGGGCGCGGCUGUGGGCAUCGCCGUCUGGCUGCGCUACCCCCACUUCAGGAUGGAGGGCGACGCGUACGUGCACUUCAAAGCCAUGUUGAUCAGUCUGGCGGUGCACCUGGUGCUCCUCAUGUUCGAGCUGCUCGUCUGCGACCGGCUGGAGUCGGGCCGUCACAUGUGGAUCCUGGUGUUCGUGCCGCUCAUCUUCAUCUCCAUCCUGAGCAUCGUCGUCUGCGUGUGGGCGGUGAAACACGACCGUUCGUGCGAGCUGGAGCUAGUGUGCUCAGUCAACAUACUGCAGUUCAUUUUCCUGGCGCUGCGACUGGACGGCUUCGUGCACUGGUCCUGGGAGGUGGUAUUCGUGCCGCUCUGGAUCGUGCUCUGCCUCUCGGUGGUCGGCCUGCUGUACGCCAUCAUCUUCGCCGGCAUCCUGCUGCGCACGCCGAACGCCAGCGCCGAGCAGCGGCGGACGUCGGCGCACACGGCGCUCGGCUACAGCUUCCUCAUCCUGCCCAUACUCGGCUUCCUGGUGCUGUUGGCGAACAAGCUGGAUGAUCUAAGUAACUUAAGCUACUUUGCCACCGUCUCACCACUUUUCAUCACGUUCUUCACGCUGAUGUUGAUGUCCUUCAGUUCUAAGCCAAACAAUCAUUGGUGGUUCGGACUGCGGCGCGACUUCUGCACGUUUCUGUUCGACGUCUGUCCGUGCCUGCGCGAGUACUGCAACAUCUCGUACCACGCGCCCGAGCGGCGCACCUCGUCGCCAGCCGCCGAGCGGACGCCUGCCGCGCCGGCCGCGCCGGCCGCCAAGAAGAAGGAGAAGCCAGUGGCGCCGGCCAUGGUCAUCGACAUGCCCGACUGAGGGACGGCGCGGCGGCGAACGGGGAGGACGCUGGCCGGGCGGCGGCGGCGGCGCCUGCUCGGGUGACGGCCGCCGCAGGCUGCGUUCGCGCGCGCAGGAGUGUGACAGACGUCCGCUGGACUACCGUGGCGGUGCGUGCGGUGGUGCUCUGGCCGGCCUGUGGUGCAGCCGGCACUUGGCCUCAGUGUUUGACGUUGUGAUUUGUAGUGUCGUGGGAACGACCCGAUGUGUUGCCUCGUGCAUGUGGAAGUGUAAACCACCGAGCUGUCAGGUUGCGCUCGGAUUUGUUGGCAUUAUUGUUACUUUGAGUCUGAUUCUGGUGCUUUAAUCGUAGAUGGCCUGCCCCGUCGAAAAGACCGCCGUGGGGUGCUUGAGUGACAUUGUUUUUGUAGAACAAAGCCGUAUUUAGUGUGGGUUGACGUUAGUGUGGACUGUCGCCUGCGAUGACUAGCCUUUGUGAGAUUUACUCCCUAUUUGUACCCUGUUAUGCUAUGGUUGUUACGACAAUGACGCAACCGCUAAUCUCGGGCAGGUGCUGCCCUCUUUACAUGGUGGAUGCAACUACAACGGCACAGAUGUUCAAGUCUGGUGCGAUUGCUAGACUCGAGGAGCUCGUUUACUUGCAUGGUUUGUCAUGAGAUAUGUAUGCCUGUCCAACCUCAGGAAGACAGGUCUUCAAAUGUGCAUCAUCAUGCCAGCGAUUGACCUGAUCGGCCUCAUCACUGGACCUU